UCGACAGCCGGCACAACGUGGGGUUUCCUUCAUCUCGUGCCUCAUUCGUCAAGAUGACGCUGACUGUUUCCAUCCUCCUUGGAUCCGUGCGCCCUGGUCGCCAAGGCCUUCGUGUGGCAAAGUUCCUCGAAUCGAACCUGGCGUCGGCUGGCUUCGGUGUGCACGUGGUUGACCCUCGCGAGCUCAAUCUGCCAUUGUUUGCCGGCCGUUUCGACUACCUCCCUGUCGACGAGCAGACGGACUCACUGAAGGAGUUGAAGGCCAAACUCACCGAGUCCGACGCGUUUGUAGUGGUGACUCCCGAGUACAACCACACGUUCUCGCCUGUGAUCAGCAACACGCUCGACUACUUCUACCACUCCGAGUACUAUUACAAGAUUGCAGGCAUAGCUACGUAUUCGAUGGGCGGAUUUGGUGGAAUCCGCGCGGCCGGUCCAUUGCACCCGUUUUUGGGGGAGCUCGGGCUCGCUACCAUUCCCAAGGAGUUGCCCUUCCCCGUCGUGCACAACCUGCUCAACGAAGACGGUACGGUCCAAACUACCGCUGGCACCAGCGGCGAAAGUCUCAAGAACGGCGUCAAGCAGUUUGUGAGUGAAUUGAAGUGGUAUGCCACGGCACUCAAGACGGCCCGCGCGGCAGGUGUUCCUACGUCGUAGGUGCGCUGCUUCCGAGAACUCUCUACCACUCGCUCAGUAAAUCGGGUUAGGAGGGCACUGUGACUGGGCUAACCAGAGACCGUAUUGCCCCUUGUGAACAGAACCUGACUCUUCAGCCAUUGCAUUAUUAAUAGGUGCGAAUUUGGAGGUGGUUGUCGCGUGCCAACAGGUGAA